UGUCCUCAGGAGGACUGAAUGCUGCCCUACCAUGCUCACCUGGAAGGGCAUUCCUUCCCUGAGACCACCCACGAACACCAUCAAAAUUAGUCUCUCACUUCCUGUCCCUUUGGUCAAUAUUUAUCACAUUCUGCCUUGCAGUAAAGAUGUUUCUCCCUCCGUGCUUCUGUGAUUCUGAGAAGUGAGUAAACACCAUCCCCUGGACCCUUCCUGGAGCCUCCCCCGGGUGCGGAAGGUGUGUCCUUGCUUUGCCUCCUGAGGCUGCCUGGGGAACCAUGGGGCUGAGUCACGUCUGCCCGCAGCUGCCGCCCUUUGCAUCCCUGGGCACUGAGGUCUGAAACCUGACCCUGCCAAGGACCAGCCCUACCCCCUUGGAGGAAAUGGCCCAGCAGCCUAGGCAACAGCAGCUGAAAACUUCCUUCCUCUUCAUCCAGCUGCAGGCGCCCCCUGCGCGAGCUCUCCCCGCCCAGUCUCCAGCCGCUGCAGCCUCCAAGGCAGCCCCAGGGGGCCUGGAGGAGGGACACUUUUUCUCAAGUCCCGGGACAGGCUUCUUGGCAGGCUGGGACCUCCGGCGCACACAGGGCUCAGCUGCUGCCUCUUUAAGCCUGCUGUAUGAAGAAGACCCUGGGACAGAGGAGCCGGCGGCUUUCCCUUGCUAUUCCCCGGAGGAACAAGGAGAGGGGAAAUCCUGGCAGAGGAAUGUAAAAAGGGGUGGUGUCUGCGGAUCCCCACACUGGGGGCGUUGCCUGGCCCCUGCCUCGAGGAAACUUGGACUGUCAUGCGGGCUGUCUAACCUAGCUCCUGUCAUGAGCCAUGGAAGCAGCACUCCCUCCACGGGCUGCAAGCGCUGGCCAGUCCUUUCCGGCCCCCAGGACCUGUGGGGCAUGGACCCUCUGUCUAGGACUGCCCCAGAAUGCCCACCUCCACAGGCCACCGUGGCCUCUGCUGCUGACAGGAGCCCAAGAGCCGUGCAGAGAGGAGGUGCUAUGACCUUUCAGUGUCGCCCGGAAAGCAAUGGAGGGGAACCAGGUACCCAAGUACCUGCGACAAAGGCACAGCUCUACAGAUACUGUCCAGUCAUCCAGAUCAGCAGGAGCUACCCAGCCCCUCCAGCCGCUCUGCCACUCCAGGCAGAGACGUUUGUUUGGGUGAACAGUGCAUCAGCACAUUCCCAGAGUGUUGCCAAGGCCAAAUAUGAAUUUUUAUUUGGCAGAUCUGAGGACAAAACUCCAGAUCCUAGUGAUCAUGGAGGAAGCACUUUACUGCCACCGAAUGUCACAAAUGAAUUUCCAGAAUAUGGGACCAUGGAGGAAGGCGGAGAAGGUCUAAGAACUUCUCUGGAGUUUGAUGCGGAGUCUCUGCCAUGCUGCCCACCGGGGGAGCAGGGCCUCCAUCUUCUUGCUGGCCAAGACUCUGUGCUCCACAGUGUUACAGAAGGACCAAAAAAUACCAGGGAGGCCCCCUCUCAAAGUCACCUCAAGGAACAAAGUUUACAACCCAUUGACUCUUUGAUUUCUGCUCUGAAAGCCACAGAAGCAAGAAUAGCUUCAGAAACAUUACAGGCUACGAAGGUACUGGAUAAAGAUGCUGUUUCUAGUUUUUCAGUUCAGCAGGUAGAAAAACAGCCAGACACUGCCGGUCGUAAAACACAGAGAGCCAUCACACCGUUCCCUGCUGGCCAAGAAAAGCCACCAGAUAUACCUCUUGCAGCUGCAGAAACGACUGAGGAAAAUUUUUAUUGGAGCAUCCAGAAGGAUCUGACGGCACUGUUAACUGGAGACCCUCAGCCAGAGCGUUCCCAGCUUACUAAUAAUGGCAGAAAGGGGACUGUCUGUGUGCAGGAGCCAGCUUGUCCUGUACCCUCCCUGCAGAGCUCAGCGGGGACUUCUAAUUCUGCAGGCAGCGUCUGGUUUGUGGGAGAGCAGAGAUCUGAUCUUGGGAGGGAGCAUAUGGGGGGAUGUGAUCGAGGUGGUUCCCUGGGACGCCCUGGCCGAGUCAAACAUGUGGGAUUUCAAGGGGUAGAGAUAUUCUGGGCAGGAGGAGAGAAGAGAAAGACCCAGCAUUCUACUGCAGACUUGGCGACAUCACUGGAAAGGACAGCCUUUGCAGACAGUGGAGAGUUUCCCCGGGCGGCAGGCCAUCACAUCUCAGCGGCUGGCGCCUGCAGUUCAGUGGGUCUAACGGAGAGUGUCUGCCCUGACACUUGGAACGCUUCUUCAGAGAGGCCCUGCCCUAGUUUAUGGACAUUUCCCCCUGUGCCUCUUGCUGAGAGUGGAGAGGAUGAAGUCUUCUUGAAAGAAAACCAACAUUUUGAGAAGAAACCUGAAAGAGACAAUGAAAGGAUCCUAGAGGAAGAAGACCACCUUAGGGAAGGAGACGAUGAUAUUCUUGGGACCGGAUAUACAGAGGACUCCACUGAUGUGUACAGCUCCCAGUUUGAGACCAUUUUGGACAACACUUCUUUAUACUACAGUGCAGAGUCAUUGGAGACAUUAUACUCUGAGCCUGACAGCUACUUUAGUUUUGAAAUGCCCCUUACUCCAAUGAUACAACAGCGCAUCAAAGAAGGCGGCCAGUUCUUAGAAAGGACUUCCGCAAGAGGACAUCAGGACAUCCUGAGUGUCUCAUCAGAUGGAGGCAUAGUGAUGGGCUAUUCUAGUGGGCUCACCAAUGGGCUGAAUGAUGCCAGUGACUGCAUCUACUCAAAAGGCUCUCCGGAGAUUGCCUUCUGGGGAAGCAAUGCUGGGGUGAAAAAAACACAGCUAGAGGAUAAUUCUGAAAUGGGGAGCACUCAAAUUCUGGAAAAAGAGACUCCAGAAAGUCUCAGUAACGGUACCAGCAGCAACGUGGAAGCCGCUAAAAGACUGGCCAAACGCCUUUAUCAACUGGACAGAUUCAAAAGAUCAGAUGUCGCCAAACACCUGGGUAAAAACAAUGAAUUUAGCAGACUAGUUGCAGAGGAAUAUCUGAAGUUUUUUGAUUUUACAGGAAUGACGCUAGAUCAGUCUCUCAGGUAUUUCUUUAAAGCAUUUUCUCUUGUGGGAGAAACUCAAGAACGAGAGAGAGUUUUAAUACAUUUCUCCAAUAGAUAUUUUUACUGUAACCCAGAUACCAUUGCUUCACAAGAUGGAGUCCAUUGCCUGACCUGUGCAAUGAUGCUUCUGAACACUGAUCUCCACGGCCACAAUAUUGGAAAGAAGAUGACCUGCCAAGAGUUCAUUGCAAAUCUCCAAGGGGUAAAUGAAGGUGUCGAUUUCUCCAAGGAUCUGCUAAAAGCUUUAUACAACUCGAUCAAGAAUGAGAAGCUUGAAUGGGCAGUAGAUGAUGAAGAGAAAAAAAAAUCUCCCUCGGAAGGUACUGAUGAGAAGGCUAAUGGAACACAUCCAAAGACCAUCAGCCGCAUUGGGAGCACGACUAACCCGUUUUUGGACAUUCCUCAUGACCCGAAUGCUGCUGUGUACAAAAGCGGAUUCUUGGCUCGGAAAAUCCAUGCAGAUAUGGAUGGAAAGAAGACUCCACGAGGAAAGCGAGGAUGGAAAACCUUUUAUGCUGUCCUGAAGGGAACAGUUCUUUACUUGCAAAAGGAUGAAUAUAAGCCGGAGAAGGCCUUGUCUGAGGAGGACUUGAAAAAUGCCGUGAGUGUGCACCACGCCCUGGCGUCCAAGGCCACGGACUAUGAGAAGAAGCCAAAUGUGUUUAAACUCAAAACUGCCGACUGGAGGGUCUUGCUUUUUCAAACACAGAGUCCAGAGGAAAUGCAGGGGUGGAUAAACAAAAUCAACUGUGUCGCCGCCGUAUUUUCUGCCCCUCCGUUUCCAGCAGCCAUUGGUUCUCAAAAGAAGUUUAGCCGCCCACUUCUGCCUGCUACUACAACAAAGCUAUCUCAGGAGGAACAGCUGAAAUCUCAUGAAAGCAAGCUGAAGCAGAUUACCACCGAACUGGCUGAGCACCGCUCCUAUCCCCCAGACAAGAAAGUUAAAGCCAAGGACGUAGAUGAAUACAAGCUCAAAGAUCACUAUCUGGAGUUUGAGAAAACCCGCUACGAAACUUACGUCAGCAUUCUGAAAGAAGGAGGCAAGCAGCUUCUGAGUCACGAUGAGAAUGAGGCUGCGGGUCUGAAGAAAUCACACUCCAGUCCUUCGCUGAACCCUGAUUCGUCUCCGAUCACCGCAAAGGUCAAGCGUAAUGUGUCAGAGCGGAAGGAUCACCGACCGGAAACACCGAGCAUUAAGCAAAAAGUUACUUAGAAUCCAGCUGGGGCCAGGAAGUGCUGGUCAUGGAGCAAAAUAGAGGUUUUCAAGAUCUUUCUGGUAAUCCGUGAAUAUAUUAAAAAAAAAAAAGUCUGUGACUAAAUGGUGCAUUAGUAACUUUUUAUAUUGUAUAUUUUUGUUAGUUUCUGUACAGAUUGUCUUUGCUCUGGAUUUCUUUGCUUUGAUGAUUUUUUGCAACUUGAUAACUAAUGCACCUUUUUGUGAGGAGUUAGAGGAUCAUGACUUCAAAAUGAAUUCUGUAUCCCUUCUCCUUUGAUUUUCUCUUAUUUGCACUCUGCUCAGUUGUUUCAUGUAUUUUCAAAUCAAUCAUUAUACUUUUUUUUUAAGGUUAAAAAACUUAGUCCAUUGUGAAACACUUAACUGGACAAACUCUGUAGUUUAGUAAAUUUUAGCCAGAGUUAACAUAAGCCUUUAUAUGUGAAAUCUUGCCCGGUCACGGAGGUGAAGUUGAAUACUCACACAUACUUAAGUGAGAAUUACAAUACUGGGAUCAAGAUGUUCCAACAUGAUGUAGCCCUGCGUGAACCUUAGCACUUAGUGUUGAGUUCCGACCCUGCUGGAAGCAGGGAGCGGGGUGUGAAGACCCAGGACUGGUGAACUUGGGGAAGAACAGGAGCUUGUUUGAAGUGUGGAUGCCAUGCCAGCCAAGUAAGAGGAAGUAGAGUCAUUUUGCCAUGGAAGCCUCAGGACAGAUGGAUACCAAGUUAAUUUUGUUUUCUGAAGGAGAGUGGCAAUAAUAGACUUCUGGGGUAGCUGCCGUAAUAGACAUGUGUUUAGUCUGACGGAAAUUGUUACCUCAUUCCCAUGGGGUCUUCACUAGGAAUCUACAGUCAUCUCUGUUGUUAACACACUUUCACCCAGGAGUAGAUUCUUUUUUAUGCUGAAUAUAUUUAGGCAUGAGGUCAUUUCCUGGUUAUUAGGAUAUUGGAGUCUUUGUAACAAAACGUAGAAAAUGGAGCUCCUUUUGUUCUUUGCUUAAGCCAAGACAAAACAAGAGAGCAAAAUUCAGCUGCCGUUGAUGAGCGGUGGAUAUUGGUUCUGAAGACUAAGUCUGAAAGUAGUAGUUUGGAUGGUUGUGACUGAUAAUGGAAGAAUCUGCUGGUUGCAUACGCAGAGUUUCUUAGUUUCUUCUUAUCACACUCUUUUAUAGCCACUGCACUCUAUCCCUGUUAAUCUCGCUCCUAAAACUUCUGCGUCUGUUUUAAAUCAUGUCUAUGUACUCGAAAUAGUUCUGUUCACCUUAGGGUCAUGAGCUGUACCUGUGACUGUCCCUUUGAAAUUCAGGGUGAUAAACAGAAUGAUCACUUCUAGAGGAGGAAAAAGAAGGGAAGGUUCAGCCCCCUGUGAGUUACAAGUGUCAGAUUUCUAAACCUUGUAACUGAAUUCCCUAAAGCUACCAUCUUCCAAAACAACACAUCUUCAAAACUAAUGGGAUCAUUCUGAAUAUUCUUUUUCCUCCCAUGGACAUUUUCUCUACUUCUACUUCAUGUUUUAGUUGAAGGUACUAUGACCAAAGAAUCGGCUGCUCUGCAUGAAUAGCAUGGUCCAAGUGGAUUAGAGAAAACUUGCUCUAAAACCAUGGUAUUUCUAGUAAUAUAUUGUUACAAUAUACUUACAUUUACUUACAUGAUUAUUUAUUAAUGUUUACUUCCCCUAUUUGCAAAGUUGGUGCACAGAAGAGAGUAACCCCUCUGUAUGGUUGUAGCUCUCGCUUUGUGGUAUUUUACCACACUUUUGAAAAACUUACUCUUCACCUCUAUCUUUUUUAGAUAAAGGUAAUGUCUAAAUUUAUGAUUCAGAACUAUCAAACACACUAGUAACCAAUAUGACCUAGAUACCCGAAUCAUUUUGGUAGCUUCUUACCAAAUUCAAGAUUUCCUUAAGUUGUCUUUCUCUUGAAAUCUGAAUUAUCAGUGUUUGUUUUCUGCCUGAAUAUUUAUACUAGUUGAGGAAGAAGAGAGGUACGUAGACCACAUGAUCUAUAAGCUUCAGUAACUGAAGAUAAGUUGACAUCCCUGACUAGCUUGAAUGUGUUUACCCACAGUGUGUAUCUAUGUAUAUAAAAUGUUUAUGUAUAUUUUACUUAGAGUAUAUAAUGCAUAUUGAAUGGUACCUUGCUGCAGUAUUUCUGAUGUUUAGAGUAGUCUUAAAAUACUCGGUUAGCAUCAGCACCCCCAUAGCACUGUUCCUGUUACAGGACUCACCAAUGUUAGGUUCAGAGACUUCCAGACAUGCUAAUGGAUAGUCAGAUGGCAAGGGUGAUUAUGAAGCAGCAGUUAAAAACAACCUUAAGGUUCUUUUGUGGGCCAAGAUCCCAGGCUACCAUGGUGUGAUGCUAUCCAUUUAUACAGGGUGGGUUGAAAACACCUCUUCCCUGAGGCCUCCGGAAGGAUGCUGUCUGCUGUCAGUGUGUGUUGCAAGCCAGGAUUUAUCCUGGGACAGGAAAUAGUCUCUGAUACAAGCGGUUCCUGAGAGUCUGGUCCAUAGCCAGCCACUUUUUCUGUUGUGAUCAUUUCUUCUCAGUGGUAUCUAGUCAAAGGAAAUGGAAGGUGUUUCCUUUUGCAGCUAUUUAGAGCCUGUUGCACUAUUCACGGUACAGAGGAGCCGCCCUCCUCCCUCCCUUCUGAAGGUACUCCUCCCCAUCCCCACCUGAGUCCUCAUCCCUACCUCAGAGCCCCGGGGCCUUGGGACUUCUCUCCAUGUGGGAAAUCAUCACUCUUUUUCUCACACAUAUUUUCGAUAUUAAUUUUUAGUGUAGAAAAUCCUAAUAAGUCAUUGAAAUACCUUGCUGAUAGUCUUGUUAUAAAUUGGCCAAGGAAGGUGGGCCCUAUGUAUAAAAUCUGUGGAUGUUUUGGGAUCUGCCCCCUCUUCACAUACCGACUUUUGCAGUGAGAUAUUGGGGACGUUUCAGCAAUCAGACUUAGUUACUAACAUAUAUAGUCUUUAUUUCCAGACCAUAGACAUUUCUGAAAUACUUUUUUUAACCAGUUACCUAAGUCUUAGCAUUGUCUAAUUAAACCAAGCAAUAUUUUUGUGCAUUUUAAUUAAUCUCAGCAAAACCAACAUGUGGGAGAGUCCUCUGGUAGAAAUAGUUCCUGGAGGGUAUGUAACCUUUUUUAUUACUCUUAAGUAAAGAAGGUAGAAGGCAUUUUCUCAGGCAGCAGUAAUCUUGUGCUAUCUGCAAGACCCUUAAUGCUUCUCCCACUGGCACCCUAACCUGGGAAGUGAGGACUGUGUCCUAUACAGAAGCGACACAGGCAAUUAAUUCUAGAAGAAGAAAAUGUGGCUGGCUUUUCAAAGACCAGCUAGGUUUGUAUUUUACCAUGCAGCCAGACCACCGAACUUUUAGAGUUGGGGGAGAAUUUGCAUAACCAACAGGAAUGAGGACUUCUGCUGCCUAAGUACCAAGUUACACAGACUUUUUGGCUGUUUUUGUCCACUGCUGUCUUUACCCACUGCCCCACUUAUAAUCUAAAAGCCCAGAAAGCCAUUCUUAGAUAAAGCACAGCCUGCUUUGCCCUGAGCUAUGCCUCUUCUCUGCCUGGACGAUAGCAGAAAACCGACUUUCCAGAAAUCAGCUUCUCCCUUGUCUUCGUGUCAAGACCAUUUGAGGUUCAGCUGAUUGCCCUUAGAAAUUGAAUUCUUUGGCAUUUUUCCUUGUAGUCAUCACUUAUAUCACUCAGUUCACAGUAAGUUUCUUAGGUGUGCAGGUUCAAAUCGCGGUAGGGUAGUUCUUGUGGACUUGGCAGGUCAGUAGCCACCUUCCUCAAUUUUAGCAGAGAAUGAUCCCUUCACUUUUUAAAAAACAAAUUUUUUUCACUUGUACAACUAGCAUUGUAAAACAAACAGACAAAAAAAAUCAGUGGGGCAUCCUAACACUUGUUUUUAAAAAUGGAGUCUACUUGAUGAAUGAUAGUGCCACUUUAUGAUUGAUCGUAUCUGCCUAAAUAAAUUAGUGAGUUCUGUGGGCAGCUGAGCAUGUAGGUCUACCUUUCUCCCAAGUAUUUGGCCUUUUUCAUCCAGGCCAGGCCGCUGAUCUCUUUCAAGGCCAGCAGAUCACUCCCUCUCACCAGUCUUUUGCUGUCUUACACCAUCAUAUCAUCUAGGGAUUGUAGAGAUAACCACAAAAUAUUCCUGUGAUAGAUUAUUGACAGAGAUAUAGAGGUACUUUGUCACUGCUUUUCCUUUUGGAUUCCCUUUCCACCUCUUACUCUUAAGAGAAGGACUGAAGUCCAAGAUCACUCUCUUUUUAUAUGUAUAGUAUCCAACCCCAGGCAGGCAGCCUUCUGCUUAGGACAGUAAUUGGCCCAUUGCAUGCAGAGAGAGAAUGUCAGUAAGUACUUGAAUCUGCAUGACAGUUUGUUGACUUGAAUGCAACAGCAAGGAAAUAUGGCAAGCUAAUUGUAUAUACAAUAGGUUUUUGUAGGUGUCUUUGGCUCGUCCUUUGUAAUUUACGUGUGUAUUUGUUGUAUCGUAGGCUUUCAGAAAUAUCCGUACAGACAGUAUGUCGGGUGUCAAAGAUAAUGCUUUCUGUCAUGUGCCAAUGUUGUAUUUGUGGGUAUUUAUAGUUGUAUGUAUGUAUACGCAUCAAUAUGUAGAUUGUGUAUCCGUAUAUGGUAUAUGUACAUCAAAAUUAUUUUGUCUGUAGUAACCAGUGUGAUAUGAAAAGCAAGUAAAAACCUCAUAGGACCGAUUAUAUAAUGCAGCUGUUGAGAGUACAUAUAGUGGUAUUGUUGUAUUCAACUCAAAUUCAAAUGAUAUUUUGAUUAAAUUUUAAUAAGACUUUGGGCUGGGAAAUUCCAUCUUUGAGCUGUGAAUCACCAGGGCAAAAAUGACUUUGAACUAAAUCAUGUGAAUCUAUUAAAGUGUACAGUCUGUAAUCCCAAGGGGGUAGCUCAGUAUAAUUUGGGAAAUACCGAAUGAAAAGGGGGAGAAAAAGGCAACCUGUGCAGUUUUCAUAACUUUAGUAUUAAGAGCACUUAAACAUAAAGUUGAACUGACAAUUGUGGGCUUAUUACAAAAUGUGAUGCUUACAGCACACAUUCUUUAUUGUUGUAAUUAGUCCAGAAAAUGUAGUUUUGAGAAGUUAAGUAAGUAUCCACCAUAUAAUUUAUGUACCUAUGUAUAUUUUAUAGUAGCUCAAACCAUUCUCCUGGUGCCGCAUCCUUACCCUCUUUAAAGAAAUAUCACAAAUGCUGAAGUAUAUCAGGGCAUCCCAAGAUGGGGUACUGUAUUCCAGGUUUGCAGUUGCACAAGUUAGCAACUGGUAUCACAGGUAAAAGGACUCCAGGAGCAGGUUAAAACUUUAUUUAAUAUUUUUAUACUUAGGUCUCUUUUUCCUGCCUCUCCCCAAAGAAGAGCCACUGGCCUUAGUUGUUUGACUUUAUUGCUUAUAUUAUAGAGUGUAAAUAGAUAACUAGAGACUCAACUUUUAUUAACCAGCAUGUUUGGUGUAUUUAAAGCAGCGACUGAGUGUGUUUGAGUGUGUGGUCGAGAGCAGUGUCUUUUGUUGGGAACACGCUGCCUCAUGUCUUUGUAUCUGAUUCAGAGAAUUGGAAUUGUAGGGUGGGAGUCUAAUCUUCAGCCCCAGUCUGCAAUAGUGUCUUGGUAGUUACACUUAGUUUUUUUAAUUCACUCUACAGUCUCAAACUAUUUUUGCAGAUAUAUAUUUCCUAAUUUGUUCUUGACGUGCAGGGGACUGGGCCUGUGGCUGAUGAGCAGGGUCUUAGUUCUGCAAGAGUAUUUCCAUCUGAGAAUUAUCUGUGACUUGUGGGAAAAAAAAAAACAGCCUUGUGAUUCAGAAAUCAUAUAGAAAAAGACUAGUAGAAAUAAAAGUUUUAUUUUGGGCCUUAGUCAUUUGCAAUGUUUGGAUUUUAAUAUAAAGCCAUGGAGGCUGUAAAGCCAAGUAACCAUUUGACAUGGAUAAUAAUAUCCACUUUAGACAGAGUAUAUAUGCACGUUGAUUUUUAAUGCCAUUAAGAUGUUUUUAAAGCUAUAGGAACCAGAGUAAUUAGACCAAAUUGAAAUGGAGUGGGUGAGUAGGCUGCCUUCCACUUAGGGUAAGCCGUGAAUGUGUUUGUUCAGUCCUCUGCUCCUAAGAAAUUCAGAACCAGUUUACUGGUAAGGAAAAAGUUGAUGAGUAUGGACCCUUUUCUGUGUACACUUGCUUGCACACACGCACACAGUGAAUGUUUUAACUUAUACCAAUGUACGACCUUAAGACACAAAGGGCCCAAGUAUUCUAAAGAGAUAAUGAACAACGAUGUAGAAACUAUGUCAUGGAUGUUUUCUAAGGACCAGGGAAAAAUCGGGGCUCUUUUGUCUGACCCUGAGAUGCGUUGCAUUGUUAACAAAGAAGUAGGGGGCUACCUGUCAUGUCCAUCCUGAUGGACCACAACUUGAAAGUUCACAAGCAGCAGCUUUCCAACAUCCACUGGUACCUCAGUACCCUGGGGAAAGAUCCAGAAAGCCAGUGUGUACCAUUUUCCAAGGUACUCAUGCUAUUUGCUUUGAAGGUCAUUCCUUUGAGAAAGGACUGCCAAUGGACAAGCCAGGAAGCACUCCCAUAGAAGUGCAGACCCCCUUCUGAGCUAUACUGGCAAGAGAGCUCAUACUGAAGGAUGCUGGGUAGGUGAGCACUUUUCCAUCUGCAAGCAGAGAGAGGAGAGAAGUGAGAAGGAACCUAGUGAAAAGAGCAUUUCCCUUUGCAGGGUAGAGAGCCAAGCUCUCACUAACAGUGUUGUGAAAUAAGCACCUUAACUUCAAUUCCUGAAAAGGUUGGUUAAUGGAGAGAAUUUUGGAGUUACACCGAAUAUUUGCCCUUGUUCUGCAAGUCUUCAGACACUCUUAGGAGAGUCCCAGCCACAAGGCUCGAAGAAGGACCGUGGUGCAGGUCUGAGGCUCACUGCUGUGAACCCUGAAUAGCAGGGCACCAUAGAGGGAGAUAAUGUCCCCUCUCUGGAGCUUCUUCCCUGGCCUUCCACUCCACUUCGGCUUCUACUGAGCAGCAUAUUCUGGGUUUCAAAUGCUUUAGGAAUCCAGUUGUCCCAGUGGGUUGACCCUGCUGAGGCAAGACACCAACUCUGAGGGUGACAGUUACUCGGGCGGCACAUGAUAAAGGUAAUGAAAACAGUCCUCUGCCUGAAGCAAAGAUCACAAAUUUUGCCUUUGCAAGAAAUAAACCGGCACCCUGAGCUCCAUCCAGGGUUGGAUGGUAUCUUUGCCUUUGCACCCAGAUUUCCAGAAAUGAACACCGUUUCAUUUCUGUGGGAAGGGUCAGGAAACACCAACCUGCUCAGCCAUUCCGCUCUGUCCAGACGAGAGCUGUUGGGUAAAGGCCUGCAUGCCUCCCUGCACCCUCUUCUACCUCACGUUUCAGGAGCCCAUUUCUAGAACAGAGAUUUAUACAAGUGCGGAAUCCAUAUUGUCAGCCUUGGUUACUCUGGGACCUGCAGAAAGGUGGUAAUUUGUAUCUUUUAAUAUCAAACAAGACUUUAACUUUUCCAACCUAUUAGCUGGAUUAUAUUCACUGUGGCUCAAGCUAAUUGCCAGUGUGGGACAUUCCUUUACCUUCAGAGUUUUCUCCACCAAUCAUUUCAAUUUCAUUGCGGUCCUGGUGCCAUAUGUCCCCUGCAAAUGGUGAAAGCAAUUAGUGACAAAGUAGCAGCCUACUCCUUUUUAGUGGCCAAACUGUCAGACUUGGGAAAGCCAAAUUAGUGGUACCUUGUUAGGUACUGGAAAGAUGUUGCUUACUGUCACCUACCAGACUUGAGAAAUGCUGUCGAGAAAAUGGUGGCAUUUAUGGUGGUCCUCUUUUGAAUGGAACAGUAACUUACGUGGAUAUUGUUAAAGUGUUUAAAGACUAUUAUGAAAAUUAAGUUUACAUUUUACAAUUGCUUUAUUUUUUAUUAAAAUAGUUGUAUAUAAAUAUUACCCUAUUUCACUGUUAUUAAAGUAAACCUAACCCUUGUAGACAAGUGGGUCAUCUGAUCUGUAUAGAAGCUGUGAUACAUAUAGUACAUUUCUCUAUUAUGUAAAUGUUCAUGAAUAUAACUGUUCCUGUGUUUUUAUAAGUUGGGGGUGUUUUUUUGUUUCAUGACAACAAAAAUUAUUGCAUUUAAAAUGGUUUUUAUGUAAUAGAAAUCAUGCAAAAUAGUGAAGGAAUUAAAAUAUGUAUAUGGUAUAUGUUAAAUGUACAAACUUUAGAAGGAAAUAAAUCCAACAAAUUUCAAUCAUUUGGGGGAAUGUUUUUCUUUGCUUAUUUAAGCAACUAGAAUAUCUUUAAAAAUGAAUAGCACAACACCCUAACCCUCCUCCAUAAAAAGACAACCAGGAGACCCAAGAUGAAGGUUGGCUGCAGUGACUGACUGAGGUGGUGAGAAUGUUAAAUUGUGAUUGCUGACUCACCUCCUGAACUUCUGUGAUUUGUGUGUGCAAAAAAUAUAUAUAUAUUGGUAGGUACUAUUAGACUUCAGAGGCUUGUUGUCCUAACGGAGGAGGGAGGCUUUGAGCAGAGGAGAAACAAAUGAACUUCUUGAAGCAAUUUCAAGAGUCAUUUGCUUUCCUGUUUACUUCUCAUCAAAGCAAGGGGACCAUGGAAUUAAUUAUUGUCCUACAGUGCAAAUGCUAACCUCCAAAUCACUGCUUUAUUGUAGCUAGUGUUGUACUUUUGUGUUCUCUUAAUGGAACCUAAUGUUAAAUUAAGAUCUGUUGACUUGGAUAAUGAAAAAUAAAAUUCCGCCCAAACUUCUGAA